UUCAAACCACCCCUUACUUCCUUGUUUCCAGCUUUCCAUUUUUUGUGUGUGUGACCAACCACUUUCCAUAGAGCCCCUCAUACCCUGUCUUCCAGUCUUGGGUCAACGAGGGACAUUACACACACCUUUAAAGUACUUGCAGACACUGAAAUAUAAGCAUCUUUCCUCAAAGGGGGAAAAAAAAUACUAUAGAAGAUGGACUGAUGAUUUUUAAACUUCUGACCUAUGAGAUGAAGUUGAAAUUUCUCCUACCGGUGAGUUAAAUAAAAAUAGUAAAAUAUUAAGACAAUGAAUUUCUUUUGCAAACCAAGAUUGUGAACUUAGUGUGACAUGGCUAAUAGAAAUGACAAAUUACAUUCUACAAUUACCAGUACUGGCGGCAUGGUGGGGCAGCUGGAAAGCGAUGGCCUCUCAGUUCUGAGGUCCCAAGUUCGAUCCCGGCCCUGCCUGUGUGGAGUUUGCAUGUUCUCCCCGUGCCUUGCGUGGGUUUCCUCCUUCCCCUCGGUGUGAAUCUGAGUGUGACUGUUUGUCUUGAUGUGCCCUGCGAUUGGCUGGCAUCCAGUUCAGGGUGUACCCCGCCUCCUGCCCAUUGAUAGCUGGGAUAGGCUCUUGCACUCCCCGUGACCCUCGGGAGGAUAAGCAGUGAAGAAAAUGGGUGGAGGGGAUGGAUCAAUAGAUCGACAUAUACACAUAUUGUACCCUAGUAUAUCAGUGACAAUGAUUAUCAAAACAAAAGCAGUAAAAGAGCCAAUGUAUUCAUUUUGACACAGUCAGCCGAAUUAUUGCAUUAUGGUUAAUUAGAUUAUCUAAUGAUACAUAUUUAAAAAUAGAAUUUACUAAAUAUUGCCAAUCAUACGUGUUAUCGACGUGAUUGUUUUUGUCACUGCAGGGCUGCAAUCCCGUGUAGAGGUUAUUUUUCUGUCACAUGUUCUCCCCUAUAAAUAAUUAUCAUAAUAUAAUAAUAAAUACAUAUAUAAUAAAAAUAAAAAACGAAGUACAAAUAAAUAAUCAUAAUAAUAAUAUGAGCAAUAAUAUUAAAUAAUAAAAAAUAGCAAAGUCGCUUGCCUCUUUAAGUACAAAUAACAAAUGCUAGUCCCUAUUCAGUACAUGUUGUGGCCUGAAUGCUUUUUUGUGUGAAUGAGAACGCAUGUAUGUACUGUGCAACAUCACAUUCUUUUUUUUUUUUAACAUUGUAAAAAAAUCCUUAAUAUUGUGAGUGGGGCGGCACGGAUCAGGUGGUAAAGCGUUGGCCUCACAGUGCUGAGGUCCCGGGUUCGAUCCUGGACCCGCCUGUGUGGAGUUUGCAUAUUCUCUCUCGUGCCUGCGUGGGUUUUCUCCGGGUUCUCCGGUUUCCUCCCACCUCCCAAAAACAUACCACAUUGAUUGGACACUAAAUUGCCCAUAGGUGUGAUUGUGAGUGCGGCGGUUUGUCUCUGUGUCCUGCGAUUGGCUGGCAACCAGUUCAGGGUGUACCCUGCCUCUUGGCUGAUGACAGCUGGGAUAGGCUCCAGCACUCCUUUGUGAGGAUAAGCGGCUAAGAAAAUGGAUGGAUGGAUUGAUGGAUGGAUGGAUGCAUGCAUGGUAACAACAGUACUAUUGAAGACGCUUGGGUAAGGCGUUGCGGUGCAGUACCAAUGUUUGACACUGCGGGGCGGUGUUGUAAAUACGACGUGAUUUAAACGGUGUGCCUAUGAAUUGGCUAAAAGUAGCGACAGCAUGAGCCAUGAUUGAUGUGGGAAUCUUUCAGUGGGGUUUAGGCGUUCCUUCUCUCAACAUGGAGUUCCCCCAGGCUUUCACUUUUUUUUUUUUUGUCAUGUUAAGUAUCACAUGCAUUUUUUUUUUCAUUUUUUUUUUUUAACAAGUAUUAGUUUUGCUAUAAACUUGCAGGAUGACAAGAGGAAGUACCGGUACCCCGUGUCCACCAUUGUUGCAAGUUGCAAGGACUCUUUUGGUAGUAAUAUCUCCUAUUAUGUCAACAUGAUUACAAAAAAAAAAAAAAAAACGGCACGAAAUGACUUUUUAGAUCCGUAUAUGUCACGGAAAAAAACAAUUUCCCCAGUGAACUGAAUCACGCGUGUUUAGUGGAAAUCCCGUGCGCGCUGCGUGUGUUGACGCACGCGGGCGCCGCGCCACGAGUGUUUGCGCACAAUCUCCCGCAUCAUACGCUGGGGGGAGGCUCUCCGAGAGUGGGGGUCGUGUUCGUGCGUGCGUGCCUUUGGGGGUGUCUCGGCGGGUGCCGUGGGCCCGGGAUGGCGCUGAGUACAGUGUGAGCGAGUUCGCGGCCAAACUUUGCAGAGCGGCGGUGAAAGCGGCGCAAAAAAAAAAAAAAAAAAAAAAGUUCGCCGGGGAAGCUGAGCUGCGGUUCCCGCAAGGGUUCCGCUGACAUGUCCCUCCCGGACCUCCCGUGUCAACCGACAAGCGGACCAGAAAGUGGCGAAACCUGCGUGGAUCGUUGCCUCGUUCAAGUGGAUUUAUUCGUGGAUGAUCCGAGUCACCGCUUUGCCGCCUUCGCCGCACGCCGCUGUGCUUUCAAUGGAUUGUCGUCGCUCUUAUCAUCCGCUGCACUGAAAUGCUUCGCCUAACUUGGGGAGAAAAGUUAGGGAGCACGAGGAGGACGUACAGCACGUAGCCUGUCGUCGGUUCUUCUUCCGACCGCGAUGCAUUCUCCCCGCGACAAGGAACUGGCGCUCUUAUCUCGGAAACACCGACUCAUGGCUGCGGCCGUGGCCGGCGAGGACCCCGCUUUGCCGGUCAACACUCCCAGGGCUGACCGCAACGGCCUGGGGGGACUGGUGCACUGUUUUAUUUGCGGAAGCGGAGUAACGGCAGGAAAGGAGCUGAGGCUGCAAGUGACUUAUCAAAAGGAGCGCUUCCCCUUUUUCCCGUUCCUUCAGAACCAGGAGCCAGCUCCCGGCGCGAGCGAGCUGAGCCCGGAGGGUCACGCGCUGGUGUGCGCGGUGUGCCACUGCUUCCUCGCGGAGCAGUGGAACUCCUUCGAGAGGAGCAGGACGCCCGUCGAGAAGCGCAUGUACUGGCUCAAGCGGCCCUACCAGUGCGACUCCCGCCGGGUCCCGCAGGAGUGGAACAUCUCCUACGAGUUGGAGAGGAGGAUCAGCACCGGCAGCCACAACUACGACGGGGGCGCGGAGUCCGACUUCUCCUCCUUCUCCGACAACCUGUCGGAUCAGGAGAUGGACGUGGUGGACAGGGGCGCUUUGAGCAAGGACAAGUGCCCAAGGGCGGCCGGGAAAUCGCAGAGAGACGGCAGCAGGAAAAACUGCGUUAAAAACAGUCCGGAUUCCCCACGGACACUCCCACGCUGCUCAGCCGGGGUCUACGGCGCGCAGGGGUCACCCAAACCCGAGAGCGUGCCGCCACCCAGACGCGCACCCAAAGUGAUGAAUAACAUGUGCCAGUCGUCAUAUUCUUUGGCAAAGUUCCAGGAGAGGAUCCCCCAGCGGUGCCAUGACAACCACUGCCCCGACACGCCUGUGCAGGAAAACGGAGUCAUCAUGCGCAACAGGUCGUUUUUGGAGCCGCGUCACAUCCAGCGUGGACCCGACGGCGGAUGCGCCUCGCCCGGAUAUCCUCAGCCCGCCAACGCUGUCAACUCCAAAUGCAACCGAGAUACGCAAGGGAGCAUCUCGAAUGAAGAUGAGAUCAACAUCACAAGCGAUGAGGACAGGGACCCGCUCGGUCGCGCAAACGUCAAGUGUCGCGUUCCUGCCGGCGACCUUUUGACCCAAAAAGUAGCACAAUUGCGCCGCUCCGCAAAGCCAAACGCAGACGGAUGUGCGUGCUUCAUCUGCGGCACGGCGCUCGCUCCGAGCGGGAGUUACAAAGUCAGCGUUCAAAAGCAGGAAACGGCACAAGGGGAGCCUUUCUUUCCCUUCCUGUGGUUGCACACCCCCCCUCCAGGUGCCUUAGCCAUCGGUCCGGCAGGUGCGACCCUGGUCUGCUGCAGCUGUCACGCCUCCCUCAUGCAGCAGUGGCACAACUUCCAACAGGCUGACGUGCCCGUGCUUCAACGCCUCUACGUCGUCCCGCUCAACCCGGGCGCCGCGUCCCAGCAGGACAAACCCGCCCGUCCGUUCGAGUGUGACAGCGAGGGCGCCCGCGAGGCCUGUUUCCUCUGCGGUCAGGAGUGCGGCGCGGAUAAAGUCGUCCACGUGCAGGCCGGCGUGGGCAAAUCCCGCGGUGCGAUGUAUUUUCCCUUCAUCGACAUGCUCCCCUGCCCGCCCAACGCCCAGCCGAUGAGGAACGGGCGUGUGCGCUGCUGCUCACAGUGCCUUUUAAUCCUCGAGGACAUCUGGAGUGCUUAUCGCCUUUGUCUGAGCGAGGACCUCAUCACCUCCGUCAGCUCCUUCCUGGUCAGGUACCAUUCCGUCAUGGCCAGUGAAGGGUUCGGAGCUGUUGCUUGCCAAACCGGGGUGUCUUCCGAGAGCACCGUGUCAGUGUGCUACCUGUGUGGAUCGGAGCUAUCAACCGGGUGCGAGUUCCAGCUUCCUGUCAACCCACCUGGACGUUGUGGGGAGAAGGAGCCCUUUUUCCCGUUCCUUACAGUGCACCCUCCUGCUCCUCGGGCCAAGCCGGUCGAUGCCACGGGCCUGGUGUCAUCCUGCGCCCUCUGCUACCAUGACCUGCACAACCAGUGGGCCCAACAUGAGGGCAAAGGCCUGGGCCCCUGCGCGCCCUCCACACCCUCGACCUCUGGCUCCUCCAGCUCUCCUUGGGCUCGCCAGUACACCUGCGAGGCGUUCAUGUGCUUCUUCUGCAGGCAGGAGCAGCGCAGGCACGGGCGGCUGUGCAUGGUCACCGUGGCCAGACUCCCGGUCUUCCUCUACGCGGCACGCGGCGCCCGCACGCUCCUGGUGGACGAUGGAAGGAGGCUGACGGUCGGCUCGUGUGUGGAUUGUAAGAGUAUGGUGCAGGUGGGCCAGAGCGCACGGCAGGACCGGGAGAGGCUCGGGCACGGGGCCUCGGACGGGAGAGAGAAGAACCGCGAUUGACCUCGCCACAGCCCGGACGACAGGCCUGCACUGUGUCAGAAGAGCCGAAUCGAGCCGGCGAGGAGGCCAACAUCGAGACCUCCCAACCUGCAAGCGACCACACUCCUCAUCCCGUGACCUCGGAGCCAGAUAUAUCCGAGCCCGUCGACCGCCCAUGUUCCAGCUGAGAAACAGACCCUUCGCCCUCCUCACUUUCAGCGCCCCAACCCCCUUCACUCUCCUCUUUCCUGCGGAUGGAUUUGAUUUAGUGACUGUGGUUUUCCAUCCACAGUCUGAGAGCCAGCAGCAGCAGCAGCAGAUUUAAGGAGAGACCUAUAGAUUCACGGCCAGCAGAGCGCGUCAUUGCUUGGCUCAAGCUCGUCAGCAAAUACAUCAGCAGGACGGCGC